AAGAGGGAUCAGUGCCAUUAACGUACAUUCAUCACUACACAUUCGAUCGAUACUUCAGAAAUUGAGAGACCAAAAAUGGCGAAUCCCUCUCGUUUACACCUUCUCUUCUUCUCCUUCAUCAUAGCUACAGUGUCCCUCGUCUCCAGUACCGAGUUCACCCUCCAGAAUAACUGCAGUUUCACAAUCUGGCCUGCAUUCCUCACCACAAACGGCGGCGCACAACUCAAAUAUGGGGGGUUUUCCAUGAGCCGAGGAACCUCCGUCGGCGCAACCUUACCCGCGGGAUGGUCCGGCCGUAUCUGGGGCCGAACAGGCUGCAACUUCGACGAAUCUGACGUCGGGAGAUGUCUCACCGGAGGCUGCGGCAACAAAUUAAUAUGCGGCGGCGCAGCAGGAGCUCCACCGGUCACGCUCGCCGAGUUCACCACCGGUCAAGGCGGCAAGAAGGACUUCUACCAUGUAAGCCUCGUGGACGGUUACAACGUCAAGAUGGUAAUCACGACGCGAGGCGGCUCAGGCGAUUGCCAAAACAUUGGAUGUGUUGCGGACCUGAACAUGCGCUGUCCGAAGAAGCUACGUGUUAUGGAUAGGGGGAAUGUUGUGGCGUGUAAGAGCGCGUGUGAGGCAUUUGGCAAACCGGAGUUUUGUUGCACCGGUGCGUACAAUAAACCGGAGACUUGUCCACCGACGAAUUACUCGAGAAUUUUUAAAAGAGCUUGCCCUAAAGCGUAUAGUUAUGCAUACGACGACGCUUCCAGCACUUUUACUUGUGCCAAUGCUAGCUAUUCUAUCAUUUUCUGUCCUAGAUAAAUUAUAUUUAUCGACGACGGGUAAUACUAUGGGUUCGGUGAAAUUAAUAGUAAAAGGUUUUUGUGGAAUAGUAUCUUGUAUUUUUUUCAUCCAAAACGUACAUGCAUUUUAGAAAAUUAAUUCACCAUGCAAUCAAAAUGGUGGAAUAUAACUUUCAUAGUAUCUUGUAUUCUUCUGGUAAAUUUCAUCAUUG